CGAUUCGCAAGCCAAAAAAAAGAUUGACCGACAGCACAAAAUGAUGCGCUUCUCAUACGCCAAUAAGAAAAGACCCGAUCAGUUGUAAGCGGGCGCGUAACGGUUCGAGUCAUAAAAGCGCUACAACCAAAGUGACUAUAAAAACGAAACUUAUAAGUAAUACAAAAACUAGUUUCCUCUGCAGAUUACUUAAUAAUUUUGUAAAAACAAAAAUAACAUAAAUACUUGUUUUAGUUAAAAUGUGUUUUAAUACAAGAUUUUAGGAGAAAAAAAGUAUUACAGCGAAAAAGCAAAUUUUCUUAAAUAAUACAGCAUAAAACGGCUGCAGUUCAAAUUAAGAUAAGUCAAAGUACGAAAGAUGGUUUUCAAUUGGGUUUAGUGUACAUUACGGAAGGCACUCAUUUGCAAUCUUUCCAUUUACAAUUACUGCAAUAAAGUAAUUCCGUCCACAUAAUAAACCUUUUUAAAACAAUUUAAUUUUUUUCGAAAAAAAUACAAAAUGGAAGUGUCGGAGGAUGUCGAUAAUUUCACAGUGCCCAGCAUAUACCAGCAUCCAACCAUGACCGAAUAUUACACACAUCUCACACCCUUCAUAACGCUUUCGAUUUUCAUUUCGUCAUUGCUCUUAAUUUUGAAUAUUGCCAUUUUUUGUACGACGGUCGCGAAACUACGUCAGCGUCUGACUAAGCCACUGCUGCAUCUAUCGAUUACGAUGUGUUCCCUAUAUCCGAUUGUGUCCGUAGCUGCUGUAGUAACAAUACUCGUGCCAAAGGCGUGGCUCAUCUGUCACACCGUCAUGCAUUUAUCUUUCACUGUGGGCGCACUAGUUUUUCAGCGCUUAUGCUUCCGCUAUGUUGACAAUGAAGUGAACUAUGUUAAGGAAACAGAUGGAGCUGCUGUAGCUAUCAAUACGCCACCGUGUUGCUGCUGUUGCAUGUGCUUACCGGCUGUGAUACCAACGAAAGCGAAACUCUGCAUUCUGCGCUACAUGGUCUGGCAAAUGCCUUUUGUGCAAGGAAGUAUUAUGCUCGUAUUGAAUGGCAUCUACUAUAAGGAACGGGAACUAUACACAAAUGUUGCAAUCUAUUUCAUACCAUUCAUUAUAUGCUCGAUAUUGAUUGGGCUUUGGGCGCUCAACAUCACAGUGCGAAUGGUGAACAGCGUUCAUGCUGAAUAUGGUUUAAUGAAGAAAAUGUUUUCUCUGCAGCUGAUUUUGAUGCUGGGUAAACUACAGUAUUUAAUUUUGCAUAGCCAAUUGGAUGGCGUUAUUAUGGGUGGACCUUACCCCAUCAACCAUACAGUAUACAAACAAACAAUAAUAAAUCUCUUGAUUUUGGCAGAAAUGGUGCUCGUGUCUCUGUUAGCACAAAGCGCUUACAAAAUUCCAGUGCAAAUCGCUACGAAAGUUAAUGAUACUUAAAUGCUUUAAUUUGAUAGUAUUUAAUAGUUUAAUUUCUUAAACAUGUGAUAUUGUUUUAUAAACAAAUAAA